AAAUUUCCACUCCUAGAUCUUUUGGUGAUGUUAAAAAGAAUGGCAGUAAUAGUAGUAGUAAUGGCAGCGAGGCAUCAUAUAUUGAAGAUACUGGAGGUUAUUUUUCAGGAAAUCUAGAGAUGUAUUCAUCAUCAUCUCCAGUUAUCACUCCAAUUACCCCAAUGACACCAAUUAUACCGGAUAAAUCAUCGUCUUCAUCUUCAUCUUCAGUAGCAGCAGCAACAAGUUUACAACAAUUUAUGGAAAAAGUAAAACAAUAUGGUCAGAUAGCGCCAUUUACAUUAUUUCAAGAUAGUAAAGAACUAAGAGAAAAUGAAGAUGUUAAUAGAACAUUUAGAGAAUAUAGCAACGAAAAAUAA